UCUACCUAUAAUUACUCCAACUUGGAAGAAAAUCAUAUCCAAACUUGAAUUGAGUAGCACUACUAUCCACCUUAAUUUCUCAUUUAUUCCUAACCAAGUAAUACGCAGAGACUCGCAGGGACUACCUGAGCAACACAUUACUCGAAGAGAUGGAUAGCCGUGUGGCUUUGAUGAGCUUCGUGAUGGUGGCUUUGCUAAUGAAGGGUGCAGCUGCUGGAAUUCACAGUGUCAAUUGGACUGUCCCCUCCAAUAAGUCAGAUUACACCACUUGGGCUAACACGACCACUUUCUAUCUCUACGACCAACUGCAAUUCAGGUGGAGUGGGACGCACAAUGUGGCGAAUGCAACCAAGGAUGAAUAUGAUAACUGCUUAAAGACUGCCAAGGUACUAAGUACCUCGUUGAUCACUCUUAUCGAUCUUAAUACUUCUGGUCCUCACUACUUCAUAUGCACCAUAGACGAUCACUGUGAAAGUGGCCAGAAGCUGGCCAUCAACGUUACCAACGUUAUCAGUCCCACGUUAACUACUCCACCGCCGCCACCAAGCUCAGCUUCAGCUCUGGCUGUUGGGACUUUAUUUGCAAUCGUGAGCUCCAUCAUAGUCACAUCGUUCAUUUAUCGCUUCACACUAUACUAAUGAUUUAGUUUGGUCUUCCUUAAUUUCGUUUUAAAUUUAAUGUAUUUUAUAUAUUAUGCUUGUUUUUUUAUUGAGAUGUUUUGGUUUUGGUCCUUCUCCUUUGUAUCAUCAAUAUUUUUCUUUUAAUUUUAUGGAGCGAUAGAGUGAGAACUUUCUUUUUUAUCUCUCAUUUUUCUAAAGAAAAAUAUCCAUUGCUCUUA